AAAGACAAAGAAACAAAAUUGAGUAUGUACUUUAUACUCACAGCACAUCUUAAUUCAGAUCAGCCCCAUUCCAGGAGCUCAUUAGCCACCUGUGACUCGUGGCUAGCGUAUCAGACAGGUCAGGUAUGGACCCUAUAAAGCCACUUCACUGCAAAGAUUUAUGAUGGCUCAUGUCCUUCAUUCCCUCUAGCAUCUCAGAUAUCAGAGGUUCAGGGCCUAUAGUAUUUUAUAUUUAUAGUGGUGUUGUCUCUUCCUUUCUUAGUAGCAGCGAUUACAAAGAGUAGGCAACUAUAACUUUAUGCAAGAAAGAUGAAAGUGUCCCGAGGACUGUUAGCUAUUGAACACGUGCAAAUUCUAAUAUCCUGUACAUCUUGUCCAGACAGUGGCCAUGGCUGAACACUUUAAAGAAAUAAGCUCAUGCUCUCUCUGCCUAACUUACCUCGAAAAACCCGUGCACCUGAAAUGUGGAUACCUCUGCUGCCUGCGAUGCGUCGACUCACUGCAGAAGGAGCCCCACGGGGAGGGCUUGCUGUGUCCCCUCUGCCCUGUGGUCUCUCAAAAGGGUGACAUCAGAGCCAUUCCCCAGAUGGGGGACCUGGUUUCCAAGGUUAAGGAACUGGAGCCCCAGCUGCAAUGUGUUUUACAGAUGAACCCAAGAAUGAGGAAGUUCCAAGUGGACAUGACCUUCGACGUGGACACAGCCAACAACCAUCUCCUCGUUUCUGACGACUUGAGGAAUGUCUGUUGUGGGCAUUCAGAGCAGCAUAGGGAAGAGCAUGCAGAGAGAUUCAACCAUGCACUGUGUGUCCUGGGCUCCCCUCGGUUCACUUCCGGCCGGCAUUACUGGGAGGUGGACGUGGGCACAACCAAAGAAUGGGACGUGGGAGUUUGCAAAGAAUCCGUUAAUCGAGAAGGAGAUAUCCUUCUGUCCUCAGAACUGGGCUUCUGGACUGUGGGUUUGAUAGACGAUCAGCUCUACACUGCCAGCACCACACCUUUCACAGGUCUCUGGGUGCGUCCCCGGGUACGCCGAAUGGGGAUUUUCCUGGACAUGGAUGUGGGCACCGUGUCCUUUUAUAACCUCAGUGAUGGGUCCCAUAUCUUCACAUUCACUAAAAUUCCCACUGCAGAGCCACUGCGC